AUGGCUGAACACCCAUCUUUCACGCUCGCUGGGCUCCUUUCGGUUGGCGGAACGGCCGGAUACCUCCGCACACGCUCAACACCAUCCCUCGUUGCAGGUCUCGUGCUCGGCGCCUCAUACGGAUACGCUGGCUAUCGAAUCAAAGAAAACAAGGAUUAUGGUACAGAGCUUGCGCUAGGAAACAGCCUCGUUUUGCUCGGAUCAGCUGUCCCAAGAAUUAUUAAGACAGGAGGUCGAGCGCCCGUGCCGAUAGCACUUGGCGCUACAGGCUUACUUGCUACCUACUAUUACCAGAAGAAGGUGCGAGAGUUCAGGUACGGUGUAUGA